AUGGCGGAGCGACUGGAUCACUUAAAAAAAUACUACCGAGCAAGAUUCUGCGGGCAAGGUGGCAUUUAGCAGGUAAAGAAGAUCAAUAUACAGCCUGGUCAAAAUGUACUGAAAUACAUCCAGGAUUGUUUUGAAUGUGAUGAUAGUGAUGCCACAUUAAGCUCUCCAAAUGCAGCCUGUUCCUCAACUCCUCUUGUCAGAAACCACGAGAGGACUUCAACUCAGAGCCCUAGGCCAGACACAGGGUUAAGUAAUGUAGCAGGAAAUGGAACCCAUCGUUCUGCAUUGUCCUUACUUGCAACACCAGCUGAGACAGUCGGGAGCAAAGGGAAGCCAUGUGUGUUGUACCUGGAGCCUGGAAGAAAAAGUUCCAUCGCUGAUUCCAUCAAAACAAACAGUCCUGUGCCUGGAGGAGAAACACAUGUGUUAAGGUUCAAGGAUGUGGAAGGACUAUUUGAAAGUCCUGCCAAGUUAUCAGAUCCUGAGGAUGAUUACGGGGUCGUGGGAACACCUAUUCUUGUGGAGGAAGCAAAAACUCCUGUAAAAACGUGUAAUGUCUCAAAAGCACCAUCAACUCCUCCUCCUGUGAAAGAUCAAGAUGUAGAAAUAGAAAGCGACUGUGAGUUUUUAAUUGAAGAAUCAGGUUGUCUGUCUUUUAAGUCUUGGUUUUCAAUACCUGGCAAGAACAGAAGGUCAAAAAAAGAUGGCUCUGCAACUCCUGUUUUGAAAUCUCAGUCCUCUGUAAAGGAAAAGACCGCAGAUAAGAAAUGCAAGAACAUGAAGGUACAGGCUCAAGAACAUAGUGAACAGAAAACUAAGAAUGCCAGAGUGCAACGUGACUUUAAAAGAAUGUCAGAAUUCCAUCCGAUCUCUUCUGACAGUGUGAGAAAGGUCCUUAAAUCUCAAAUACAAAGCAGUACUCGUGUGGGAAAAUCUAAGAAGGAUGCACUUAAGGGCUCUUCCAAGCAUAGAAAGACGUCCUGUGAAUCAGAAGCUGAACAACCGAUGCUGUCUGGAUUGGACUCAGGAGCAACUGAUGAAGAACAAAAUAUAAGAAGGGUGAUGCCAAGGGAGGAUUUGCCAAUGCCCUCAGCUGAGCAUCAGCAAGAGCAGAUGCUGUCACCAAAAAACAAUCUCACUCCUUGCAAGUACCAGCAGUCUGCUUCAGAAGCUCAUCAGCGUUUGGUUCACAAGAAACAAACUAAGCAGAAGCUUGCAAAUGAUAAGCUGUUGAAGAGCCAAGGGAAGAAGCUGAAAAAAUCCGUAAAGGGAAAUUAUAAUAAAAAUCCUGAGCCACAGAGAUGGAAGAGUUCUGACAGUGCACUUUGUGAAGAAGGACUUGAAAGGGAGCCCUUAGAAUCAAAUGAAAUGCUUACUUCACCUUCGCAUCAGGAAUUACAGACUUCUGUGCUUCAGAAAUUGACUAAGUCUGAAAAAGCUGAGAAAGUAUUGCACACUUUGGAAUCAGUUACUGAUGUAAAUAACAAAACUCCUUUAAAGGCUGCAGAGUUACUGCAGCAUCUUGUGGACAGUAUGAAGAAUUCUGAAAAGAAAAGACCAUCAGCUGCGUCUUCAGGGAAGAUCCUCAAAAGGAUUCAUCACAGAGCCCAUAAAAGAGCUUGCUCAAUCACAGGGGACACUGAGCCUCAAAAUACAACAGAUUCUGACAGCUCUUAUGCACAGGAUGUGGCAAGAAAAAAAUGCAAGCAAUCAGCUGUGAAAACAAGUGAAAACAGAAAAAGUAACAGGCACCAGAGCCUGCAGCAUUCCGCUGCAGCUGGGGAAGCUAUUGGUUUUGAAAGCGGGCUUGUUCUGGAACAUUCUCAGAAAUACGCUCCACCAUAUAAGGCUUGUGAAGAGAAUAAUGAAUCUUCAGAUAGUUCUGAAGACCUUCAAUGUCAGAUAAAAAAUCUACUGUCAGACGAGAUAGGCAGGCAAAAAGUAGUGCUGCCUUCCAACACACCUAAUGUUCGUCGGACAAAAAGGAUACGACUUAAACCUUUGGAAUAUUGGCGAGGAGAGCGAUUAACCUACACGUUGAAGCCUUCGGGAAGGCUUUUAAUUAGUGGAAUAGAAGGUGCAGAAGCUGAACCUCACACGAAGAAUAAGCUGAAGAGCCGUCAUAAGCAGAAAAGAGCUAAAACAAGAAGUGAGGUAGCAGAAUGUUUGGAUAUCCCCCUGGGUGAUGCUUCUAAGCCAACCAGCAUAGUGGACCCAGUAACAAGUCAGGAAGUACUUCUAGAGUGCAUUAACUCUGGAAGCAGUCACUCAUGCUUCUUUGAAGAUGAAUCGAUAAAAGUAUAUAAAAGUUUGAACACAUCUUAUUUUGCUGUUGGUAAAUUGAUCUUGAAGCCUCUUAAAGAAAAGGGACACCAGUUUGUCCACAUGGAUACAAUAGCCUUCUAUGUUAUCCGUGGCCAGAUUAUUAUCACCUUGCAUAAGACAUUGUAUUACCUGACUUCAGGGGAUUAUUUCUGUUCUAGCAAAAAACCUUUUCUGUUUUUAUUUAUAGGAAAUGGAUAUAACGUGCGUAAUCUUCUGAAUGAGGAAAGUGUUCUUCAUUUCACACAACUCAAAAAAGACAGGGCUCCUGUGGGUGCUGAGUUGUGCAGUGUGACAAAUGAGAACUGGUCAUUGGAAGGAAAAAGUUGAUGCUUCACCUCUGCUUGGUCUUGCUGUGACUCCUGCUUCCUACAUUGCUGUGUAUGUCAGACUACUGGUAACCUUUGGCAGUUCAUGUUUUUCUUUUAUUGAAAACGAUACUGCAAGAAAACUAACAUGGGGAAAAAAACCCUCUGAAGUUACCAUUUUUCUCCCUGCCAAUGGGGGAUUACUUUAACUGGUGUAUUUUCUACUUUUCGUAAUCCAGUUUCCACAGACUACUGUGAUGGUCUCAAACAGAUGUGUGGUAAAGUCUGGGCUGGGUAAAAUGCUAAGGAAAUAGCCCAUGAAGAACAUGUUGUGGACUGUAGCUUAAAUAUGCAUUUUUAAGGUCUCUCUGAUGUUAUUUCUAUGUUGCAGCUUUUAGAACAGUACUUAACUUAUUUCCUAGACUUUAGUGGUUUAUAUAUUCAGUUCAGAUAGGAAAACUUUUUAUUUAUAGUAGAAUACAGAAACUAUCAGUAGAACAGAGAUCUGAGCCAGGUCUGUGAUUGCUUUGCUAUGCUCAACUUGUUAGCUGACGUUAUGUGUUGUGAGCUCAAGUUGGGGUGGUCGUCAUGUCUCCGCUGCUAUUUGUGUACAUACACUGUUCCUUGAGGAAAUCUGGUUUGAUAUGUCAACUCAUUACUUUCAGACAGCAGUAGUUGAGAGAGCUGAAAAUUAAUGUUAGAUGGUAAAUGUGUCCUGUGGUGAGUGUUUUGAUAGCAACUAGAAACGUGUGUUAAGGAGCUUAACUGAAAAGUUAGAUUUUUCAAGGCUUUGGUUUCCUUUGAGAAAAAGGACUUAGUGGUUAUUAGGUUCUUCUGAAAAAUCUAAUGUUUUGGGGGCUUCAUUUCGUUAUAAAACUGUUUGUCUUAAUGAACAAAGCUUUUCUUUGUAAUUUAAAGGAGGAUGCAGGAGAAUGGUUGCAAAACUGUCAGAUGUCUGUAUAAUUAUUUAUAUAAGUAAAUACAAAAUAGAAUCUGAGCUGAGUAAUUACAGAAAAAUAAACAGCACUGAUAAACUUUUGAAGUGCACACACCUUAAUAUCCUAUCGCUUUAUAUGGGUGCUCACAGGCUGAGUCGGAAGAGCAUUUCUCUGUGAUGCAUUUCUUCAGGUACAUAGGAAAAUCUUCCUUGCAAAUUGCACAAUCAAACUGAUUUCUAUGGUCCAGUUUGAAGAUGAAAACAAAUAGCUGACACCAGACAAAACAGUUGGCUGCUGAACAUUGAGUAAUGAAUAUGUUAUAGGAGUUGCUCAGUGUUUUUGAGCUUGCCAACAAACCUGUGUUCUUUUCUUUUUUCCUUCAUUUAAGCUGCUGUGCCCAAGCAAAGACACACAAAAGACUGUAAAACUCCAUUGCUUUGCAUUUCUGUAGUCUUUUCUAGUAUAGAGCACAAGACAAACAAUAAAUGAAAUGAGCUGAAGGAA